CCCCUUUCUCUCUCUUCAUCAGUUCAGCCCACUGACCGUACGAGCACCACUAUUCUUCCUCUUCUCUCUCGUCAGCCAGGACUACCAGCACGAGUCCGACUGAGUCCAUACUCUCACAGAAGUCCCACUGCCGCCUACUGCAAAGUCAAGUUCCAUGAAACAUGACUAAUUUAAACUUUGAACGCAGGUUUUGGUGCAAAACAAAGCCGCUGUUUAAUCCAUGGAGGAGGAGGAGGAGGUCAUCGUUCCCGGCCCCGCCAUUAGGUUUACGCUUACAAAAGCUGAAUCAUUUUGGGAAAUUUGAUGAACUCGUUGAGGAGAAUGCAAACUUGGAUUGGAACACAAAACGUGCUGCUCUGGAUGCUUCUCCAUAUGUUGUUUGUCUCACAUCGUAUAUUGGUGCCCAACGAUUAUUUAUAUGUUCAGGGACUAUAGUCAACUCUUAUGCUGCAGAUGGUGAAUUUUUUAGUACCAUCUUGACUUCUGCUACUCUUAUUAGAUGUCCAACAAGACAAGAUGUUGUGCCUGAUGAUAUAAAGGUGGAUGUCUACUUGUUUGAUCGUAGCCUGUGUGAUGGUAAAAUAUUGGGUUUGGACUUCCAUUAUAAUGUUGCUGCCAUCCGAGUCAAGUCUGAUGUUCAAUUGCAAACUGCUGUUAUGGGGAAUCUUGAUGAUUAUACAGAGUGCCGUGCUCGCUUUGGUGCAGCAUCAUUUCAUCUUCCCCCUCAUCGUGAUACAGCAGCAAGCAGAGGAUUAAUUGCAUUGGGUCGAUAUCAUAAUCAUCCCUGCCACAUUAUGGCAGCACCUGGCAAGCUUGUAUAAGUCUUUUCUUUGUGUUAUAGUUUAGUGCUCUUUGGGCCUGGUGUAACAGCCCUGAUUUUUAAGUAAGUUUAAUAAAAGACUAAUUAAUUAUCUUAGUUUAAUUAUUAUAUUUUAAUAGUAGGAUGGAUUAUAAUAUUUAAAGACAAAAGGGAACACAAUUAUUAAAAUGGUAAACUGAUGUUAUGGUAUAUGUUUUUAUGAUGGAUACCUUGAUGUUUUUUAGAAAAAAAAAAAAUAAAAGAGAAAAAAGAACACUAUUAUAUCUCGAUAAUGUAUGUGGCUUAUGUUGGGAAUGCCACAUUAUUUCCUUGUUGUCAAAUUCUCACAAUUCUUCAUUAAAGAUACAAGAACUCAUACCCAAUUUCCUCCUUCUUCAUUCACUAUUAUAUCUCACAAUCCUCUCUUCACUCACCUUUGAGCUUCCUCAUCGGAACCUCCGUCCCCCCCCCCAUUUCCUUUCACUCUCUUUCAUCAACUCGCUGCUGUUCGUGGCCUUGCCGGAAUCCGGGCGAUCUUCAAUCUCGCUCACUCAAUUUUCUCUUUCCUAAUUUUCGUGGGUCUCGUUUCAUGUGGUGGGCUGCUGACCAAUUUUCUCUCUCCUCUAUUAUUCGUUGCUGUCGUCGGUAUUCGACGGAAUUGCACCGUCGCUGCCACUGUUUCGAUGCUCCUUGCCGGCGAGUUGCCGUCGGUGUUAGCUGUUUUGUUUCAUCUUCCCUUCAACCUUGUUGUGGUAAUGUAUUCUUUCUCUCUCCUGUGAUUUGUUUCUACGGUGCUAAUACUGCUGCAUGUGUUGUCGUCGCCGGCGUUUUGCUGGUGGUGGUGCACUGCUUUGUCGCUGCUGCUACUGUGGGGUUCGACCACCACUGAUUUUGUUGCGUGUUGGUAUUGUUAUGGGUGUUUCCUUCUUUAAUUUAUUGCUUAUAAGCUAAGUUAUGGGUUUAAGUUCAAUUCAUUCCGUAAGUUUUGAUUAUAAGAGAGAUUGGGUACCCAAGUUGAUAUUGAUGAAUUCUAAUUUCUUUGGGCAAAUAUCAAAUUCAUGUAUAAUCAAUUUUGAUUAAUUUUGAUAUAACUUGUAAAAAAAUCAGAUUUUUGUUUAAGUAAAAGAUUGAAUCUUUCAUCUUGUAAUCCAUUGAGAGGUGUUUUGAAACUUUAUAAUAAGUGAUAUACUACUCUUAAGAUUUAUGGCUUCUUUCAUCUUUUGUUAAAAUCUGAUAUGUAAAAGUAUUUAAAUCAGGUUCUAUUUUAAUAUAGGUUGGGUGCUGAAUUUUUUGGACAUUGUUGUGUGAUCGAUUAGGGGUAGAAUUAUGAUUUUAAGCCAUGUAUAAUCAGUUGGCAGAGUUGAGGAUUCAAGAAUUGGAAUCAUGAUUUUAGAUAAUGUAGGAAAUGGAAUUUGUUAUGGUGUUGCUUCCUAGUUUCAGAAUACUUUAGGAUAGAUAAUAAUUGUUAUUGUAAUUAUGUUGUUUGAUUAUAUUCUCUAUAAUUUAGAAUGGGGAAUUAAAGCUAUCAUGUGAGAUAGAACAUGUGAAUUGAUUAGUGAAAUAGUUGUAUAUAAAAGGUUGUGGUUAGUUCAUAAAAGAAGUUAGAAAAUAAUAUAAGAAGUUAAAUUUGUUUAUUUGAAUUGUUGCGAAAUGGAUACUAAUGGUCAUUAUUAUUAUGAGGUGAAUUGUUCUGGAAUUCGAAUAUAAUUUGGGUGAGAAGAUAUUGGACAAUUCGAAUUAGGAAGAAAGGUGUAUUAACAAAGUUAGUCAAGUUAGCUUCCUUAUUCGAGUCUAGUGAGAAUAAUUAUUGAUUGUUGCUAUUGCUUUGAGGUUAAUGUUGGAGUAUGGCUAUGGAGAUUGAUAAAGAAUUUGGAAAUGUUGGACUCUUGAAGAUUAUUAUGAAAUCGAGCGUUCUUUGGGGAAAUGAAGGAGAGUUCAUUGUUAGUGAUCUUGCAGGUUCGUGCGUGGAAAGCUCGGAAUGGAGUAAAAGGAAGAAUUUAGGGGUCAAGGUUAUAGUGAGAUGUAAUGGUUAAGAGUUUGUAUUAGGGUUAUAUAACCUUAUUUGUGAAGAAAUUAUUAUAUUGCUUUAGAAGUCGAGCAAGGUAUUAUUGUAAUAUGUUAUUGGUUAUUGAGGACGUGUUUGUGGGCCCUGACCCACAGGUCCAGGAUCGUGUAUUGAAGGUUUGUUUCCGCUGCAAGUGAAUGUAAUUCGAGGUGAUUAAGCGUUAAUUGUAAUUAGCGUAUCUUAAGUGGAUUUAGCUAGCAGCUCGGAAGUGCGGGUUGUUACAGGUGGUAUCAGAGCAUGGUUGUUUUAGGAUUGUCGUGAUCUUCAUAUCAUGGCAUAUGAGGUUAAGAAGGAUAUUUGGGAAUGUUUGAAAUUGAUCGGGUUAUUAGUUAGUUGAAAAUUGAGGAACUGAAAAUGAGAAAUUAAAGGUUGCGUGUAGGAAAAUUUGCAAAAGUGGGAAGUCUAUUGGGUUUUAGACUUGAGUGGUUAUAAGAGAAAGAUCGAAUUAUAUUAAUUGAGAUUGCAGAAAGUUAGGAAAAUUUUCUUUUAAGAUAUUAUAGUUCGUUAUGAAUUUUGAGCUAAUUUUUGUGAAAAUGUUUUAUGUGAUGUAUUCGUUUUGGAAAUGAUCUAAAGUUUUACGUUUUUAAAUUUCGAGGACGAAAUUUAUUUUAAGGGUGGUAUAUUGUAACAGCCCUGAUUUUUAAGUAAGUUUAAUAAAAGACUAAUUAAUUAUCUUAGUUUAAUUAUUAUAUUUUAAUAGUAGGAUGGAUUAUAAUAUUUAAAGACAAAAGGGAACACAAUUAUUAAAAUGGUAAACUGAUGUUAUGGUAUAUGUUUUUAUGAUGGAUACCUUGAUGUUUUUUACAAAAAAAAAAAAUAAAAGAGAAAAAAGAACACUAUUAUAUCUCUAUAAUGUAUGUGGCUUAUGUUGGGAAUGCCACAUUAUUUCCUUGUUGUCAAAUUCUCACAAUUCUUCAUUAAAGAUACAAGAACUCAUACCCAAUUUCCUCCUUCUUCAUUCACUAUUAUAUCUCACAAUCCUCUCUUCACUCACCUUUGAGCUUCCUCAUCGGAACCUCCGUCCCCCCCCCCAUUUCCUUUCACUCUCUUUCAUCAACUCGCUGCUUCGUGGCCUUGCCGGAAUCCGGGCGAUCUUCAAUCUCGCUCACUCAAUUUUCUCUUUCCUAAUUUUCGUGGGUCUCGUUUCAUGUGGUGGGCUGCUGACCAAUUUUCUCUCUCCUCUAUUAUUCGUUGCUGUCGUCGGUAUUCGACGGAAUUGCACCGUCGCUGCCACUGUUUCGAUGCUCCUUGCCGGCGAGUUGCCGUCGGUGUUAGCUAUUUUGUUUCAUCUUUCCUUCAACCUUGUUGUGGUAAUGUAUUCUUUCUCUCUCCUCUGAUUUGUUUCUACGGUGCUAAUACUGCUGCAUGUGUUGUGGUCGCCGGCGUUUUGCUGGUGGUGGUGCACCGCUUUGUCGCUGCUGCUACUGUGGGGUUCGACCACCACUGAUUUUGUUGCGUGUUGGUAUUGUUAUGGGUGUUUCCUUCUUUAAUUUAUUGCUUAUAAGCUGAAGUUAUGGGUUUAAGUUCAAUUCAUUCCGUAAGUUUUGAUUAUAAGAGAGAUUGGGUACCCAAGUUUUGAUAUUGAUGAAUUCUAAUUUCUUUGGGCAAAUAUCAAAUUCAUGUAUAAUCAAUUUUGAUUAAUUUUGAUAUAACUUGUAAAAAAAUCAGAUUUUUGUUUAAGUAAAAGAUUGAAUCUUUCAUCUUGUAAUCCAUUGAGAGGUGUUUUGAAACUUUAUAAUAAGUGAUAUACUACUCUUAAGAUUUAUGGCUUCUUUCAUCUUUUGUUAAAAUCUGAUAUGUAAAAGUAUUUAAAUCAGGUUCUUAUUUUAAUAUAGGUUGGGUGCUGAAUUUUAUUGGACAUUGUUGUGUGAUCGAUUAGGGGUAGAAUUAUGAUUUUAAGCCAUGUAUAAUCAGUUGGCAGAGUUGAGGAUUCAAGAAUUGGAAUCAUGAUUUUAGAUAAUGUAGGAAAUGGAAUUUGUUAUGGUGUUGCUUCCUAGUUUCAGAAUACUUUGAGGAUAGAUAAUAAUUGUUAUUGUAAUUAUAUUGUUUGAUUAUAUUCUCUAUAAUUUAGAAUGGGGAAUUAAAGCUAUCAUGUGAGAUAGAACAUGUGAAUUGAUUAGUGAAAUAGUUGUAUAUAAAAGGUUGUGGUUAGUUCAUAAAAGAAGUUAGAAAAUAAUAUAAGAAGUUAAAUUUGUUUAUUUGAAUUGUUGCGAAGAUGGAUACUAAUGGUCAUUAUUAUUAUGAGGUGAAUUGUUCUGGAAUUCGAAUAUAAUUUGGGUGAGAAGAUAUUGGACAAUUCGAAUUAGGAAGAAAGGUGUAUUAACAAAGUUAGUCAAGUUAGCUUCCUUAUUCAAGUCUAGUGAGAAUAAUUAUUGAUUGUUGCUAUUGCUUUGAGGUUAAUGUUGGAGUAUGGCUAUGGAGAUUGAUAAAGAAUUUGGAAAUGUUGGACUCUUGAAGAUUAUUAUGAAAUCGAGCGUUCUUUGGGGAAAUGAAGGAGAGUUCAUUGUUAGUGAUCUUGCAGGUUCGUGCGUGGAAAGCUCGGAAUGGAGUAAAAGGAAGAAUUUAGGUGUCAAGGUUAUAGUGAGAUGUAAUGGUUAAGAGUUUGUAUUAGGGUUAUAUAACCUUAUUUGUGAAGAAAUUAUUAUAUUGCUUUAGAAGUCGAGCAAGGUAUUAUUGUAAUAUGUUAUUGGUUAUUGAGGACGUGUUGUGGGCCCUGACCCACAGGUCCAGGAUCGUGUAUUGAAGGUUUGUUUCCGCUGCAAGUGAAUGUAAUUCGAGGUGAUUAAGCGUUGAUUGUAAUUAGCGUAUCUUAAGUGGAUUUAGCUAGCAGCUCGGAAGUGCGGAUUGUUACACCUGGAGUGUUGACUUUUUCUUUUAGGGAAAGUGAAUUGACAUGUUUAGCUAUUAAACUGCAUCGUAUCUGUUUUCA